AUGAUAUCACAAAACUUUAAUUUAUUACAAUGGAAUCUUAAUGGAUUCUAUAAAAAAUACAACGAAUUACAACUAAUCAUUCAAAAACACAACCCAAUGGUAUUAUGCUUACAAGAAACCAAUUUCAACGACAAUUCAAUAGGAAACAUUCCAUCAUACACAGGAUACCAUAAAAAUCGUACAAAUGCACUCCGUUCCAGCGGCGGCGUAGCUAUCUACAUUUCUGACACUCUAUACAGUACACAAAUAGACCUAAUUACCAACCUAGAAGCAAUCGCGAUAACAAUACACGGAAAAGAAAUAAUUACCGUAUGCAAUUUAUACCUACCAAACCAAACAAACUUUAGCGAUAACGAUCUUGUACAAAUAAUUAAUCAAUUACCCACACCAUUUAUAAUCACCGGAGAUUUUAACAGUCACAACGAAUUAUGGGGAUCAUUAACAACCGAUAAACGCGGCACAACAAUAGGAAAAAUACUAAAAGACGACAACCUAACCCUUUUAAAUACAGGAGAUAAUACACGUCUAAAUCCACAUAAUGGUAACUUCUCAGCAAUCGAUUUAUCAUUCUCCAACUCAGCAUUAGCCCACCGAAUUUCUUGGACAGUCGACUCUGAAAUCUACAGCAGCGACCACAUACCUAUUUACAUCUCAAUCAUACCAAGGAAAAGCGACCCAAAACACAACACCGGAACAAGAUGGAAUUUAAAACACCCAAACUGGCAACUGUACACCGACAUAAUAGAAAAAGAAAUACAAAUAAAAAACCCAAUAAUCAAUAAUUCAACACCAGAACAGCUAGUCACAUUUUUUACAAAUUUAAUUUUAAAUACCGCCGGAAAAACAAUUGGUAAAAGCACGAACAACAAUAAACCCAAAGUACCAUGGUGGAACGGAAAGAUAAAAACCGCCAUUAAACUAAAAAACACCGCACUCAACCACUUGACACGGUGUACUGGACGUGGUAGAGGAAAGUCAGGGUGA